AGAACUAUUUCAUGAGCAGCACAAGACUAACAAAUGUUCAACACACCUCAGGGAAGAAAACUGCUGAACCUAAAAAUCUAAAGCUCAAAAAGAUGGAAGCUUUGAAUGAAAAGGAAGCUGAAUCGCUAAUGCAAACCUUUAAGCAAGAUUUACACAAUGACAACAAACCAAAAUAAUAAUGGAUGGAAAUCGUUUUUUUUAGGAAUAGCUGCUCCAUUUGAGAAUAAAUAUAAGACAAGACUUCAGAAUAUAGUCAAUCAUUUAUACAAAGAAGCUGAAGAUCGAAUAAAGACUGAAUCAAGCAAAUAAACUAUCAGCUCCACUUGAAAGCAUCAAACUCACUAAAAAAAUAAAGAGUACAAAGCCUAAGAAUGAUACUCAAAAUGAGAAAAUACAUGUGUUUGAAUAUCUUAAGUCUCUAACAAAAUAAGAAACAAAUUGAGCUCCUCCGAAGAGCUGUCACCGUUGAAGAAAGCAAUGAAGUAGAAACAAUUAAGAAAGUUCAACGGAAAAAUUACUUAAAGCCAAGACGAUUGCUUAAAUAAAACUCAAAGUUCUAAACAAAUUGACAUCAAAAUAUCUUCCGGAGAUAAAAUUGUUGAAAAUAUUCAACAUGAAAGAAGUGAAACUGGACUACAAAGCUUAAAGUCCAUUACUAGUAUGAGAAGGAAAAGCUGCUGAUGCUCGUCUUGAGGAGAAAUAAACCUUCCUCCAAAUUUGAAAAUGGCAAUGCUACUUCAAGAUGCUAAUUUUACUGUUACAGAUCCACAAAGCGAAUAUCUUACAAACCAAGAAAUCAAAGAAGAAUCUAAAGAAUACUCUGGAGCUUCCUCCUCUCACAACUCUAGCAUGAUCCGUCAUCGUACCAAAUAAAAAGCUCCUCCAACAACGAAGGAACAUCCUCAAGUCCAAAAUCGGUACCGCAAUGUCCCUCUCCCACAUCCCCCACCUGACCCCUUCCCGCUCCAAAAGAUCCACUCUCAAGGCAAGCUCUCUCCUGCGCCUCUCCACUAUCACCGAUCUCCAAAUCUCCAACCUCGACAAGCCUCAUCCUCGACCUCACGGCUCUUUCAAGAAAUAACAGUAGUUCCAAAAACCUUCUGGCUCAAUCUAAUUUGAAUGGAGUGCAGCAGAAGAGAAUAGGGAAGGAGAGGUCUGGAAAAAUAGGGCGCCAGUGAGAGGAUAGGCAGAGAGGGAGUAUGGGGGAGGGAUUCAGAGGAGAGAAUGAUGGCAAGGUGUUAGAGGAGGAAAAUUCGUUGUUUGAGAGUAGUUUUGGUAGGACAUCUGUGUCAGGGGGUUCUGAGAAAGAUGAUAUUAAGGUUAAGCAGGUUCCAGAUGUUAAAUCUAGAAAUGUGAGAAAUAGAGUUGUACAUAACUGAACUACAUCAGGCUCAAGAAUAAAAAUUAGAAAGCUACCUCUUCAGAAUAAAAAUUUGAAAGGAGAGGUAAACAAACAGAAAAUUUUAAAAAGAAAAAUGGUGAAAACAGUAGAAAAGAAGGCAGACUUGUAUAAAUCUCAAAGUAAAUCAUUAUACCCUAAUAUCGAAAAUUAUAAGGGACACAGAAAAUUAAAACUAAACUACAUGAAAUCUCCUUUAAAGAAAAUGGUGAAAUUAAAUGCCGACAUAAAAUCCCUUAUAAAAUCAAAGAGAAAGAAUCAAAGCAGGCCUAAGAGAGUGAAAAGUGCUGCAAGAAAAGUAAGAAAAUCUAAAAAGAAAAGAAAGAGAAGAAGGUCUAUGGAAUAUCCAGGAGUAAACAAUUACAUUUACAACCAAAGUAUUGUUAUAUUAGGAUAA